GGCUAAGAAUAUACUGCAUGCCGGUGUUAGGUUUCCGGUGUUAUGGCGCCUUCCCUCAUCAACAUCUUUGAGAAAAGAAGACUUUGGAGUGAACUGUAAGCAAGGACGCCUCUCUCCUAUGGUUGCGUGUGUAUGACUAUGCUGCUGCUGGUAGCACUGGGCAUGGUCUGUACUUACACUGUGGUCAGUGCAGAAGAGGCUGACAACACUAGCCGCAAACCACCGUUCAACUACAGCAGCUUCUCCUUGCCACCGGAGCAUGUACCCUACUUCCUGCACAGCAACAAGAGAGUGGCCAAGAUCUGUCAUCAGGAUCCACUUUGCCCCUUUAAAGAUGCUGUGCUGGAUGUGUCAGCUUGUUGGGGCUAUGAGAAGAAAUGUGCCCCAGAAAACCGCUUUAGCUAUCCUGUAUGCACCAAGGUGGACCCUGCAUGGGUCAGCUCAGUGGAGGCAGCCCAGGACGUGUUCUGGACGCAGGCAGACUUUGGUUACGUCAAGGAGCGCCUCAGUGAGAUGAAGACUCUCUGCAAAGCCUCCAGUCCUGAGGACUCAUCUCUGAAAUGCUCCAGCCACACACGGUUCUGCCGGGCAACCAACCUCUACCUGGACCUACGGAACCCCCCGAGAGGUCAUGAGAGGUAUAAGGAGGACUUCCUUCAACAGGGAGAGAUUGGAGGACACUGCAGACUGAACAAGAGAGCGCUGUCUGCAGAGGGAGACCACAAGAGCCCCCUACAGUCCUGGUAUGCUGAACUGCAGACGUACACUGAGUUAGACUUCUACCCCACUGAGCACGAGCACUGUGAUGUCAUCAUAGAGAAACCCACCAUAUUCAUGAAGCUGGAUGCAGGUGUGAACAUGUACCAUCACUUUUGUGACUUUGUCAACCUGUACAUCUCUCAGCACAUCAACAACUCCUUCAGCCGAGACGUCAGCAUCGUCAUGUGGGACACGAGUUUUUAUGGAUAUGGCGAUUUAUUUAGUGAAACAUGGAAGGUCUUUUCUGACUAUGAUAUCAUCCAUUUGAAAACGUUUGACUCUAAAAGGGUGUGUUUCAAAGACUCCUUCUUCUCGCUCCUCCCAAGAAUGAGAUACGGCUUGUUCUACAACACACCUCUGAUAUCAGAGUGCCACAGUGAAGGGAUGUUCAGGGCUUUCUCCCAGCAUGUCUUACAUCGACUCAACAUUUCACAGGAACGAUCCCAGGAGGGGCGUGUUCGUGUCACCCUGUUAGCACGAAGCACAGAGUACCGUAGGAUAUUAAACCUGCAGGAGCUCGUAAACGGCCUGAAGACUGUGCCUUUAUUGGAGGUCAAAGUGUUGGAUUACAAAUACAAGGACCUUCCAUUCCUGGAGCAGCUCAGGACCACCCACAACUCUGACAUCUUCAUUGGGAUGCAUGGGGCGGGGCUUACACACCUCCUCUUCCUCCCCGAUUGGGCUGUCAUUUUUGAGCUAUUUAAUUGUGAGGAUGAGAGCUGCUAUCGAGAUUUGGCUCGGCUGCGGGGGAUCCGAUACGUGACUUGGCAGAAAAGGGACAAAGUGCUCCCGCAGGACAAGGGCCAUCAUCCCACUCUGGGGGACCAUCCGAAGUUCACCAACUACUCCUUCAACGUGGAGGAGUUCAUGCGUCUGGUUCUGGAGGCAGCUAACUAUGUCACGCAGCACCACAGGUGGCGAUUGCGGCCUCGACGUGAAGAACUGUAGGUCUGCAGCACAGUGGGACUCUCUCAUAGCUCCUUGGGACUCUCUCAUGGGACUCUCUCAUGGAUGUCUGGCUCCUUACACUAAACCUUUGCCAACAUCAUUACUGAAAACAGUGUCUGUAAACACUUUGGCUUGUUUCCAAAGUUGAGGUACACUUAAGGAAACACAGCAUUUUCCAAAACCUUCAUCAAAAGUAUUUGUGUGUGUGUUUACUUAUCAGCCAAAGCCUUACCUGCACCACUGUCAUACAGUUACUAUGUUAAUCAUGCUAAUACUGGGCCUGAUAGGCAUCGAAAGGAGGACAAUGACACCACCUGACUAACCUUUGCUCCUAGAAUUUGUUUGUUUUUUAAUAGCAUUUUAGUGUGCUUGCAUGUGACUUUGUGUGUGCACUCCACACGCUAAGCAGGUGUGUCACAUACCACGUGUUUUAAACUGGUCAGUUUUUUCCCUUAAAUACUGAUCAGUCGGUCUGGAAAUGAAUAUAAAAUGGCAUUUGUUACACAGAAUGUUCCUUUUGCCCACUGUUCAGCCACAGUAGCCGCUCAUUAACUGGUCUAGUGUCAGUGAUAUAACCAGACAACCUAACUUUCUUGCAGAGAAAUUAUGUGAAAAAUAAUUAUUAUACUUCAACAGUAUUCCAAAAUGAUCAGUGUGUUUUUCUGCUUUUAAAGAGUAUAAUGUUUUAUUUAUUAGUGUAAUACAGUUCAACUGAGUCAGACGUUUCUGUCAAGGAUGUACAAGAUUUGUAAUUUCAUAUUCAAAAAACUUAAUAUUUUUUAAUAAAUAUUUUCUAAAAA